GAAGAAAAGAGAGUAAGAGAUGGAUCGGCAAAAGCAAGACGUCAAACACGCAACGACGAACAAUUCCGAUCACGCACCUAAUCUCUUCCCAAUUUUUUAUUAUUUUUCCAACUCAGUCCCCCUCAGCAAUUAAUUAACCCACCCAAUAAAUUAAAAGACAGAGAGAGAGAGAGAGAGCGAAAGAAAGAGAGAAGAGUUAACAUGAAUAGAGAUGUAAAGAGUCAUUAAAUGUAACGAAGCGACAUUCACAAUAAUUCGAAAGGAGGAAGACGAUUUAGAUACGGCCAGGACCCUUUUUCACUGCACACACUGUCCUCCUCCUCGUCCACCUCAAUAUACCAAAAAAACCAAAACCCCUUUUUCCGGGAUUCAUCCUCCAACUCACUUAGUUCCAAAUUCACCCUCACUGAGUUUUUUUCCCCCUUUUUCUUCUUCAUCGGAGAUCGUGAAGAAGAUUGAAGUAAAUUAAGCAUCCCCAUAGAUUUUUUAAAAAGAAAAGAUACUAGCUUUUCUACUAGAAAAAGCCCUCUUCUGUUUGGAAAUUUUCGAUUUUGGAUUUUGCUACUCUUCCCUUUAUUUUGUUUCUAUUUAUAACCAUGCAAUCCCACGACCAACCCUUCAAUCUCCAUGGCGGAUUCCGGCGAUUUCAACGGUGGUCAACCUCCUCAUAGUCCUUUAAGAACCACUUCUUCCGGUAGUAGUAGUAGCAACAACCGUAGUGGUGCUCCUCCUCAACCUCCACCUCCUCCUUUAGUGAUGGUGAGGAAACGAUUAGCUUCCGAGAUGUCUUCUAACCCUGACUACAACAACCCUUCUCGCCCUCCUCGCCGUGCCUCUCACCUCCUCGACUCCAACUACAAUACUCUUUCACCACAACAACAACAACAACAACAACAACAACAACAACAACAACAACAACAACAACCGUCUCUUACCGCGGCGACGGCUGUUGCUUCUCAGCCAAACCCACCUCUCUCUGUCUGUGGCUUCUCUGGUCUUCCGGUUUUCCCUUCAGACCGUGGUGGUGGUCGGAAUGCUAUGUCCGUACAGCCAAUGGAACAAGACUCUUCGUCCUCUUCUGCUUCACCUACGGUUUGGGUUGACGCCAUUAUUAGAGACCUUAUCCACUCCUCAACCUCAGUCUCAAUCCCUCAACUUAUCCAAAACGUUAGAGACAUUAUCUUCCCUUGUAACCCAAAUCUUGGAGCUCUUCUUGAAUAUAGACUCCGAUCUCUCAUGCUUCUUGAUCCUUCCUCCUCCUCCGACCCUUCUCCUCAAUCUUUCGAACCUCUCUAUCAGAUCUCAAACAACCCUUCUCCUCCUGUAACUCAACACCAACAGCAACAACAACAACAUCAACAACAACAUCAACAGCAACAACCACAACAACAACAUAAGACUCCUCCUCCACCUCCGAUUCAGCAACAAGAAAGGGAGAAUUCUUCCACCGAUGCACCACCGCAACCGGAGACGGUGACCACAACCACAGCCACCAUCACAAACACCGCGGAGGCGUUACGAGAGAGGAAAGAAGAGAUUAAGAGACAGAAGCAAGAUGAAGAAGGUUUACACCUUCUCACAUUGCUGCUACAGUGUGCUGAAGCUGUCUCUGCGGAUAACCUCGAAGAAGCAAACAAGCUUCUUCUCGAGAUCUCUCAAUUGUCAACUCCUUACGGAACCUCAGCGCAGAGAGUAGCUGCUUACUUCUCCGAAGCUAUGUCAGCGAGAUUACUCAACUCGUGUCUAGGGAUUUACGCGGCUUUGCCUUCACGGUGGAUGCCUCAAACGCAUAGCUUGAAGAUGGUCUCUGCGUUUCAGGUGUUUAAUGGGAUAAGCCCUUUAGUGAAAUUCUCACACUUUACAGCGAAUCAGGCGAUUCAAGAAGCGUUUGAGAAAGAAGACAGUGUACACAUCAUUGAUUUAGACAUCAUGCAGGGACUUCAAUGGCCUGGUUUAUUCCACAUUCUUGCUUCUAGACCUGGAGGACCUCCUCACGUGCGUCUCACGGGACUUGGUACUUCCAUGGAAGCUCUUCAGGCUACUGGGAAACGUCUCUCGGAUUUCGCGGAUAAGCUUGGCCUGCCUUUUGAGUUCUGCCCUUUAGCUGAGAAAGUUGGAAACUUGGACACUGAGAGACUCAAUGUGAGGAAAAGAGAAGCUGUUGCUGUUCACUGGCUUCAACAUUCUCUUUAUGAUGUUACUGGCUCUGAUGCACACACCCUCUGGUUACUCCAAAGAUUAGCUCCUAAAGUUGUGACAGUAGUUGAACAAGACCUGAGCCAUGCUGGUUCCUUCUUAGGAAGAUUUGUGGAAGCAAUACAUUACUACUCAGCACUGUUUGAUUCGUUGGGAGCAAGCUACGGCGAAGAGAGUGAAGAGAGACAUGUGGUGGAGCAGCAGCUAUUAUCGAAAGAGAUACGGAAUGUAUUGGCCGUGGGAGGACCGUCGAGGAGCGGGGAAGUGAAGUUUGAGAGCUGGAGGGAGAAAAUGCAACAAUGUGGGUUUAAAGGUAUAUCUUUAGCUGGCAAUGCAGCUACACAAGCGACUCUUCUGUUGGGAAUGUUUCCUUCGGAUGGUUACACAUUGGUUGAUGAUAAUGGCACGCUUAAGUUUGGAUGGAAAGAUCUUUCUUUACUCACUGCUUCAGCUUGGACGCCUCGUUCUUAGUUUUUUUGUCUCUCUUUGUCACAAACAAUGCCCAUAAAUAUAGAUUUUACCUGGGUUUACUUUUUUCUUUUUUUUCUUGGUUAUGUUUUUAAAAGAGAGGAUUCUUACUUAAGUUAUUGUCUCA